CCCCGCCGCGCCCUCGCCCGCCGCCCGCCGCCGUCCCGGAGGCCCCUCGCGAGCCCGAGGCCGAGCACCGCCGGCCCGGCUCCGCCGCCCCUUUCUCUCCUCGCCCGCCCGGGAGCAGGAACAUGAUAACCAAGAAGACCCUACUCCAUUCAGUAAGAGGAGCCUGACAGAUUUAUCCUGAACAGUAGAACAAAAGGAAGAAUAUUGAUGGAUUUUACACCACAGUUUUUGAAGAGGUUGAGAAUACUGGGAAAAUAAUUUGUUCUCCUAUACUGCAUUUAUAGGGUCAACUUGUUUCUGAUGCAGCUGAGAAAAAUGCAGACCAUCAAAAAGGAGCAGGUGUCCCUUGAUACUAGUAGCGGCGUGGACAGGGUGACGGUGCUGAGUUCUGCUUUAACCGAAGUGCCGGAAGACUUGACCACCGGCGAAGAGCUGCUUCUGAGUGAAGGAAAUGUGGGGAAAAACAAAUCUUCCGCAUGUCGGAGGAAACGGGAAUUCAUUCCUGACGAAAAGAAAGAUGCUAUGUAUUGGGAAAAAAGGCGGAAAAAUAACGAAGCUGCCAAGAGAUCUCGUGAGAAGCGUCGACUGAAUGACCUGGUUUUGGAGAACAAACUAAUUGCACUGGGAGAAGAAAAUGCCACUUUAAAAGCUGAACUGCUCUCACUAAAAUUAAAGUUCGGUUUAAUUAGCUCCACAGCAUACGCUCAAGAGAUUCAGAAGCUCAGUAAUUCUACAGCCGUGUACUUCCAGGACUACCAGACUUCCAAAUCCAACGUGGGCUCCUUUGUGGACGAACACGAACCCUCCGUGGUGGCAAGUAGUUGCAUUUCUGUCAUUAAACACUCUCCACAAAGCUCUCUGUCCGACGUCUCAGAAGUGUCCUCGGUAGAACACACGCAGGAGAGUCCCGUGCAGGGAAGCUGCCGCAGUCCGGAGAGCAAGUUCCGAGGCAUCAAGCAAGAGCCGCUGGAGCUGGAGAGCUACGCCCGGGAGCCGAGAGACGACCGAGGCCCCUACGCCGCGUCCAUCUAUCAGAACUACGUGGGGAAUUCUUUUUCUGGCUACUCACACUCUCCACCUCUCUUGCAAGUCACCCGCUCCUCCAGCAACUCUCCAAGAACAUCGGAAACCGACGACGGUGUCGUGGGCAAGUCAUCCGAUGGAGAAGAUGAGCAACAGGUCCCCAAGGGCCCCAUCCACUCUCCGGUCGACCGUAAAUGUGCGCACCCGAUGGUGGUUAAAGUUCCGGAAGUGAAUUCCUCUGCCCUGCCACACAAGCUUCGCAUCAAAGCCAAAGCCAUGCAGAUCAAAGUGGAAGCAUUUGAUAAUGAAUUCGAUGCCACACAGAAACUUUCCUCACCUAUUGACAUGACAUCUAAAAGACAUUUCGAACUCGAAAAGCAUAGUGCCCCAAGUAUGGUACAUUCUUCCCUCACUCCUUUCUCAGUGCAGGUGACUAACAUUCAGGAUUGGGCUCUGAAAUCGGAGCACUGGCAUCAAAAAGAGCUGAGUGGCAAAACUCAGAGUAGUUUCAAAACUGGAGUUGUUGAAAUUAAAGACAGUGGCUACAGAGUUUCUGACCCAGAGAAUUUGUAUUUGAAGCAGGGCAUAGCAAACUUAUCUGCAGAGGUUGUCUCACUCAAGAGACUUAUAGCCACACAGCCAAUCUCUGCUUCAGACUCUGGGUAAAUUGCUACUGAGUAGGAGCUGGGCAUUUAGAAAGAUGUCGUUUGCAAUAGAUCAGUACGUUUUGUAUUAUGCUGAAUUCUCACUGGACCUGUGAUGUCAUUUCACUGUAACGUGCACAUGGUGUCUGUUUGUUGUCUUUUGUGCACAAACUAUGAUGAAGAUUAGAUUAUGUUAUCACUCUGCCUUGUGUAUAGUCAAAUAGUCCAUACAAAGGCUGUAUAUAGUGAACAUUAUUUUUGUUGUUCUGUUAUAAAGUGUGUCAGUUACCAGUUUCAAUAAAGGAUUGGUGACAAGCACAGA